AUGAUUGUCGCUCACGCUCCAAAAACUUAUUUCGGUUCAGGAUAUAUACAAAACUCAUUGGGUUCUCUUCCUGGAUUUCCAUGGGCGAAAUAUGCCGGAGAAAAACAUCUUCCGGGUCAUAAUUACACCGGUCCAGAUGAAAUAAAUGAUCUGAAAUAUAAGAAAGUGUGGAUAAAUAAAGCGAAACCUUACUUUGUGGAUCAAAUCGGAGACACUCUUCAAGGUGAUUUAGAUAUGAACAAUUUCAAAGUAACUAAUUUAAAGUCUCCGGAAAAUGAUAAUGACGCUGUUCACGAGAAAUAUUUACGGGAACAAAUAAAUUCAAUUGAAGUAAAUAAAAACCAUUUAGAAGAUAAAAUAAGUAAUGUGAAAAGAUUCUUCAAACGUCAACUAAAUAAUAAAAAUGUUGUUAAUGAUACUAAACUACAACAAGAGGUAAAAGUUGAUUCAAUAUUCUUCAGACAAAACCCUCGUUUUUCUAAUAAAUUUAACAAUAAAAAAGUUCUUCAGUUUAUCAAUGGUACAGAAAAUGUAGAAUCUAAAGAAUUAUAA